CGUUCUCUGGGAAAAUAUGACACACGCACAAUUGGUCAACAGAUAAACAAUUGUUGUCGUGUGAUAUUCGUCUAAAUUUUUGGUAAAUUACGUGGCGUUUUAGCUGUUUGCUUUUGCUUAAUACAUUAAGUGAUUAAAAGACUCUUUGGUCUCAUCAUUGUUAAGAUAAGAUAGACCUGAUGUCCCUGGUGGAGCUUGCGCAGGUGAUUCUUAUCGCCGGCUUAUCGUUAUUGAGUUCCCUUGUAGUGGUGCUUUUUAUUAUACAAAAAGCGAUAACAAGCCCUUUUCCAGUUAUCAAAAGACGAAAAGAGGAGACACAUUUCCUCGAUCCAAUAGCGAUACAAAAUGUGAAUUUCCCAUCAAUAUCAGACGCACCGACUCUAGAUCUCAGUGUGAUUAUACCAGCAUACAACGAAGAACAGCGAUUGCCAAAAAUGCUAGAAGAAUGCGUGGGUUUCUUAGAAGAAAAGUCUAGAGAUAACAGCUUUACCUAUGAAAUUAUAGUUGUUAGUGAUGGCAGCAGUGAUGGCACCGUUUCACUUGCAUUGAAGUAUUCAAAACGCUAUACGGUAGACAAAUUUCGUGUGCUGGAGCUUAUUGAAAACCGCGGCAAAGGAGGUGCUGUUCGUCUGGGAAUGCUAAGUGCGAGAGGACGCUACCUUCUCUUUGCUGACGCGGAUGGCGCGACCAAAUUUUCUGAUUAUGAUAAAUUAGACCAAAGCAUAAAUAAUAUAUCCAAAGAUUGGCAGUCGGACGCUAUUGUUGUUGGUUCCCGUGCUCAUUUAGAGCAGGAAGCUAUUGCAACACGCAGUCUCUUUAGAACAUUCCUUAUGCACGGCUUUCACUUUCUGGUUUGGCUUUUCGCAGUCCGUAGCAUACGAGAUACUCAAUGUGGCUUCAAAUUACUAACUCGUUCUGCAGCGAACACUCUUUUCAAAAAUUUACAUGUAGAACGAUGGGCUUUUGACGUUGAACUGCUUUAUAUAGCUGAGCGUUUGAAAUUUCCUAUAGCUGAAGUAGCUGUGACUUGGAAAGAAAUCGAAGGCUCUAAAUUAACACCGGUCUGGUCUUGGAUACAAAUGGGCGUUGACUUAUUUUUAAUCUGGUUCAGGUAUACGAUCGGAGCCUGGCAAUUAUAUGACCAAAAUAAGGAACAUAGUUCCUAAUCUCGAAGCAUUUUAUUUAUUUUAAUAUUAGACUCGCGCAAUGGAAGAUAUUCCAAUUAAGAAACUAUGUUAAAGUUAUUAAAAAGAAAAGAUUACAUUCAAACUUUUACCAUUAAAAUCUUUAA